AUGGAAUUAUACAAGUACUUAGAAAGUACGUAUCCUGGUCUGAUAGAUAUCAAAGACAACGAGGGAAAUAAUCUCGUGCAUUCUGCCGUCUGGGUUGGAAACAUGGAAAUGCUUAAGGUCCUCUUAGAGAAAGGUUUGGAUAUAAAUGAUAUAAGUGAAAAAGAGAAAAUUGUGCCACUUCUGAGUUGUAUAAAUGAUAAAACAGACAUUUCUAAACACUUGUUGGACAUGUAUCCUUAUUCAAUAGAUACCAGAGACAAUUGCGGUGAAAAUACUAUACAUGUUGCAGCAUGGUGCGGUAAUAUUGACUUCCUCAAUUUUCUCGUGCGACAUGGUUUUGAUAUCAAUAGCACUAGAAAUGAUGGGAAGACUGUAUUACAUCUGUGUUGUAGGAACAGUAAGAUAGACAUGUGUAAAUUCUUGGUCAAGGCUUAUCCUCAUCUGCUACAUGUUGAUGACCAUAAUGGUGUGAAUGCUUUACAUGAAGCAGCCUGGAGUGGAAACAUUGAUUUGUUUAAAUUUCUGUUAGAUAAAGGUCUAGACGUUAAUAUCAAAGAAAGAAAAGAUGGGAAUACUGUUUUACACCUCUGCUGUUUCCAUGGAAAGAUAGACAUGUGUGGUAUUUGA